AUGCUGGGCUCCAGAUUCAUCGAGUUCGAACUGGAAUAUUCAAAAACCUGGAACCUUUCAGUCGGCGACGUCGUCCGCUCCGAUGAGAUCUUUGCCGGAGGGCACGUCUGGAAGAUAUACUGUUACCCACAUGGCACCAAGAAGGCCAACACAGGCAGAUACGUCUCCCUGUACCUACGGCUCGUCAGCAAAGCCAAAUGUGUCAAGGCCAUCUUUGAGGCUUCCCUGCUACGCAGAGGCGGCCCUGGGCGUGCAAAAAGAUGUACCAAGGUGUACCCACCUAAUGGCAUGAGCUCUAGGAGCAGGGGAUGGCAUGAGUUUGUAAGCCGAAGCGAUCUGGAGUCUGGUUCCGUCCGGAAAGGAUGCGUUACAUUUUUAUGUGGGAUCACGGUUCUGUGUGACAGCUCCAUUGCUGUGCCAGCCUCAGACAUAGAGAGCCAUCUUGGCGGUCUGCUGGAUCGUUCCGAGGGGACGGAUGUUUCAUUCUGCGUGAAAGGCGAGACGUUUCAUGCGCAUCGGGCAAUUCUCGCCGCGCGGUCACCGGUCUUCAAGGCGGAGCUCUUUGGCCCCAUGGCCGAGGCUACAAUGGCGUGUGUCACGCUGCAUGAAAUUGAACCCGUGGUGUUUAAAACCCUGCUUCGAUUCGUGUACACUGAUUCCCUGCCUGUAGACAGAGAGCUUGGGGACUCUGUCACUGAUAUGGUAAAGCAUCUGCUUGCUGCAUCGGAUCGGUAUGCAUUGGACCGGUUGAAGCUCGCAUGUGCUCAGAAGUUGUGGGAAGGUGUGUCGGCUGAUACGGUUGCGGAUGCUUUAGCUUGCGCUGAGAUAUACAAUUGCCAAGAGUUGAAGAGCAGGUGCAUUGACUUUGUUAUGGCAAAAGAUAAUUUCAAGAAGACUGUGUUGACUGAAAGUUUCAUUAGUUUGUUGCAUAAAUUCCCCUCUAUUCGUGCUGAGCUGAGAGCGAAGGUUGGGAGUUGA